AUGGAAUCGGAAGAUGCCAUUUAUAAGCGUUACUCAGCUGCCUUUGCAUUUGAAAGAGUUCAGCUUGAUCCCAUAAUCCGAAACACUGUUACAUAUACGACAUUAUCGCAUCGAUGGGGUGAAGAAGAACCAGCAUACUCUGUAGCAGGCACUCUUGAGGGCCAGGGACCCGGAUACGAAAAGCUGGACCAAUUCCUGAAAGCAAGCAUGGAUAGAGGUAUUAUGUUUGCCUGGGCGGAUACCUGCUGUAUCGACAAAGGCAGUAGCGCCGAGCUCGACGAAGCAAUCCGGUCGAUGUUUCACUGGUACGAGAAUUCGACCCUUUGCCUUGUUCACUUGGCGCAAACCAGCGGAUAUGAAGACAUGGACAGAGAUGAAUGGUUCGAGCGUGGGUGGACACUACAGGAGCUCCUUGCCCCUCCACGCGUCAAGUUCUUUGACAAAAAUUGGAUUCCCCUUACUUGUCACGCAAAUGACAAGUCGUCCCGCCGCAAUCAACUCAUUCAGAAGAUUUCUACUAUAACAGGUAUCAGCGAACAGAUUUUCAUAGGUACAUCACAAUCAAACGCUAUCUUCAGCGUACCAAUCAAUGAAAGGAUAGCAUGGGCUACCUAUCGCUUCACGACCCGAGUGGAGGAUGCAGCAUACUCUCUGAUGGGUAUGAUGAGAGUCAGCAUACAGACGGCAUAUGGAGAGGGAUGGGGAAAAUCCUUUCGACGGUUGUUCGAAGCCAUCGUGCAAGAAGGGACCGAUCCAUCCGUGUUG